GGUAAAAGAAGGUACCACGCUUACACAUGUCCCUCAAACGCACUGGUGAACGCCUGGAUUAACGACUAGCAGUUCUCGUUUUAGGUCGGGGAAAACAUGGAAGUGGAAAACAGGGACUUCAUCAACACCCCCCCAAUGAAGACGGUGCGAUUUGGGGGCAGUGUUGUGAACACGUUGGCCAAAUUCGAACGGGGUGACACUAGCGACUACGAACUACUAAAACACCAGUUGACGGAUCCAGACAUAAAGGAUGGUCAGAUAAUUAACUGGCUGCAGGAGUUCCGGAACUGCGUGACCCAGCUCACCAAGGUCCACGAGCAGCUGGUUUAUGUUGUUCUGAAACUACCCUGGCUAGGACGAAGCCCGGCAGUGGUAGAGGAGUACCUGGCUUUCCUGAGUAACCUGGUCUCCGCUCAGACAGUCUACCUCAGGACAUGUCUCAAAAUGGUGGUCUCCAAUUUUAUACCUGCGAGAGUGUUGAUCCGGGAAGGAGAUGUGGAUAUUUCAGACUCGGACGACGAUGAUGAAAACCUUCCCAGGAACUUUGACUUGUGUCAUCAGGCCCUCCAGGUCAUUGCCAAAUAUGUCCCAUUUACCAGUCGCUUCCUCAUGCCCAUCCUGAUUGACAGCUUCCCCUUUGUGCAAAAAUCAUCAAGAACCCUGGAGUGCUACGUGCACAACCUCCUGCGCAUCACCAUCUACAUCCCGUCCCUGCGCAGAGACGUGCUGGAGCUGGUCAUUGGCAGGAUGCUCAAGCUGGAUGUCAGCGCUCCUCGCAGCGACAUCGAGGAGAUGGAGGAAAACUCCGCCCAGCAGUGCGAAGGUGACGGAGCUCAGGACGACUGUCUCUUUGACAUGGACGAAGAUGAGGGGCCGCAGACAAAGUCAUCCAUGACAGCAGAGGGCGCUGUGAUGGCACAUCCUGUGGCUGAGCGUUUGGACACGCUCAUGGGCGUGCUCUUCGCCUAUAUCAAGGAUAUAUGCUACGUGAAUGGCUGCUUGGAGCUGGAGCGCACUAAAGAGCUGUACCGAGACCUGGUGGGUGUGUUCGACAAGCUGGUGCUGCCCACACAUGCCUCCUGCCAUGUGCAGUACGCCCUCUUCUACCUCUGCAGUUUCCGGCUGGGCCUGGCGGAGGCAUUCCUGGAGCACCUGUGGAAGAUUCUGCAGAGCCCAGCCCAGCCCGCCGUCUUGCGGCAGGCUGUGGCCGGCUACAUUGGCAGCUUCUUGGCCCGGGCCAAGUUCCUGCCCAUUGCUACUGUGAAGGCCUGCCUGGACCUGCUGGUUCCCUGGCUCCACCUCUACAUCGACAGCCAGGACUCGGGUUCCAAGGCCUUCUGCGACGUGGCGCUUCAUGGCCCCUUCUAUGCGGCCUGCCAGGCCGUGUUUUACACCCUCAUCUUCAGACACCGGGACAUUGUGGAAGGGAACAUGCGCCAAGGCCUUGCCUACCUGCAGGGCCUGAACCUGGAACGCAUCGUGAUGAGCCAGCUCAACCCGCUGAAGGUCUGCCUGCCCGCCGUCACCAACAUGUUUGCCGCCAUCACCAGGAAGUACCAGCUGGUGUUCUGUUACACCAUCAUCGAGCGGAACAACCGCCUCCUGUUACCCACAGUGAGGAGCUCCCAGGGCGGUGACGCCACGCCCACCAACACCAACCCGCUGGACAGCUUCUUCCCCUUUGACCCCUACCUGCUGAAGAGGUCAGGGAAGGUCAUUGAGCCACUUUACCAGGUGUGGGAGGAGCCGAGUGACUCUGAAGUGGCCAGCCCCAAGAAGCCGGUCAGACAGCGCUCUGCGGAAGAGGAGGAUGACUUCCUGCAGGGCGAGAACCCGCAGGGGGACGGGUCGGUGGCCAUGACGCCUGGCUCCUAUGACUCCCACCUGCGUAGCCCGAGCAGCGUGGGUUCGCCCCCCAUCGCCUUCCUCCAGCGCCCCUUCUAGCCACCCGCCAACAUGGACACAAACGCCACCAACCCAAGAUGGCUGCCGCGCCAGAGUCUGGAAGCAGAGAGAGGGGCCAGAGGCUCAAAAAUGGUGAAAGGUUUGCCGCGACAGGCCCGCGGCGCUCCCACUUGGCUUUCGAGAUGCUCCGUUUGUCACCGUGUCUGGGUGCACCCUGUAACCCCUAAAAUGCUGUCCUCUUUGGACAACUUUAAAUGAGGGCUCAGACUACAUAGCAUUCUUCUGACUGCCCUAACUGGAGGUCUGUCACUCCCACGCUGCACUGCACUUGUUCCCAAAAGAUAAAUGGGAGGGGGCGGCAAGGACUUCGUCUGAGGGAAAAAGUAACAUGCAUGUGCAGAUUUCACUGAAGUCAUUUCUGUCACUGUGGGCAUGCUUAACUGUUAAAGCUGCGGUACAGUCCCCAUGCAGAGGUAGGCCUCUAGCACCUGGUGAUUUUGUGCAGUAUCUAACAACAGGAAAGGACAGUAUCUUCAACUCUAGUUCCCUUUUCAAUCUGUACUGCUUGUAUCAUAAAUAGAACAGAAACCUCUCCUCAUGUUUGUAGGGGAGGUGCAUAUUCAUAUAGAAUGUAUAGAGGAGUGAUGUAAUACUGAUAUAGAAUAUAUUUGCAGUAUCUGCAGUAAAGACCAGUGACUGGAGUGAAGAGUCCAUGUCCUUGAAGAAAUAAUGCCCCUUAGUGGACAGAGUAUGUCCUGCAUCUAUUCAGCCAAGCAUUAACUCAGUAAUGUACCACAUCCUCAACAGCAGGGUGUUGUGUUUUUAAUUAUGCUGUCAUGUCUCUAACUUUUUUAUUGGCAAUGUGGCAGUCUGUGUGUUUAUGUGGAUGUUAAGAACUGUUCAGAAGGCUGGUCUUACUCAACACUUGAGUAAUACUGACAGACAGUAGGUUCAGCAGGUAACGAGAGCAGAAUGCUGUUACUUGUGUGUUGCUGUCAUUGUAUCGUGUUAUGUUUGCUUCUGUUGAUCAAUGACUUUCCCCAAAAACCUUACUGUUGUAAAUCUUAUUGUUCCUCAACUUCAGGGACUUUGAUCUCUAUUGUAAAGAAUUUAUUUAUGAAAUGAGUGUCUGUUAUUGGCAUUAUUUUUUG